GAUCGUCAGCGCAGACUGCUGGACAUCAGCUGGAAACCUCAAAUAAACCUAAACAGAAUAAUAGCAAUCCCACAGCAUCAUACCUCGAAUGAGGAAAUGAUUCUCACUGAGAAGCAGCUCUGUAACCAGGAGAGGAACACUAGUUUGGACCAAGAAGAAUCAGAACCUUCACAGAUGAUGAAGUACUAUGAGUAUCCCAAUUUUCCACACAAUCAAGAGAAACAGGGGGCACCAGAACCUCCCAAGGAUGAACCAGAAUUUCUAGAGAUAAAGGAGGAGCCGGAGGCUGAAAUCUUUUUGAUAACUCCUGUUUAUAAUGAAAGAAACCAGUGGGAACUGGAACCAAACUCCAGGGACCAACUCCUUUCACAAAGCUCUCCUACAGUGAAGAACCAAGAUCAGGAAAGAGGCAGGAAUGUAGACCCAGGAUCCUGCAGAGAUGAAGAGCCGAAACAAAAUAAGAGAAAUCUACAAACAGAAGGUUAUGGUGACAAUCUGGACAGUCCAAACGUAAAGAUAAACAAAAAAACACCUUUGUGUAUGACGUGUGGAAAACAAUUCAGAGAUAAACAUAAUUUAACAGUUCACAUGAGAAGUCACACGGGUGAGAAGCCAUUCUCAUGUCAAGCCUGUGGAAAAAAUUUCAACUACAAAAGUGUUUUGACUACUCACAUGAGAACUCACACAGGUGAGAGGCCUUUCUCAUGUGAGACCUGUGGGAAAAAUUUCAAUUACAAAAGUGUUUUGAUUACUCACAAGACAACUCACACAGAUGAGAAGCCUUUCUCAUGUGUGACCUGUGGAAAAAGCUUUAAUGAAAAAAAAAGUUUUAAAUACCACAUGAGAACUCACACAGGUGAGAGGCCUUUCUCGUGUCUGACCUGUGGAAAAAGUUGUAGUGAUGAACAAAGUUUGAAAAACCAUAUGACAACGCACACAGGUGAGAGGCCUUUCUCAUGUGAGACCUGUGGAAAAAGUUACAGUGAAAAAAAACGUUUUCAAUACCACAUGAGAACUCACACAGUUGAGAGGCCUUUCUCAUGUCAGAUCUGUGGAAAAGGUUUCAACUACAAAAGUGUUUUGAUUACUCACUUGAGAACUCACACAGGUGAGAGGCCCUUUUCAUGUCAGACCUGUGGAAAAAGUUUUAACUACAAAAGUGUUUUGAUGACUCACAUGAUUACUCACACAGGUGAGAGGCCUUUCUCAUGUCAGACUUGUGGGAAAAGUUUCAACUAUAAAAGUUCUUUGAUUUCUCACAUAAUAACUCACACAGGUGAGAAGCCUUUCUCAUGUGAUACCUGUGGAAAAAAUUACAGUGAUAGAACAAGUUUCAAAAACCACAUGGUGUGUGCAGCAACAAUGUCUUCAGUUCAGUCUCUGAGAGAGUUUAUCAGCGAGCGACUAACUGCUGCUGCUGAAGAAAUAUUCACAGAGUUUGAAAAAACCAUCGUCCGGUACGAGGAAGAGAUCGAUCGUCAGCGCAGACUGCUGGACAUCAGCUGGAAACCUCACACACACCUGCACACAACAGAACUCCCACAGCAUAUCUUCAAGGAGGAAAAGAUUGUCACUGAGCAGCAGCUCUGUAACCAGGAGAGGAACACCAGUUUGGACCAAGAAGAACCAGAACCUUCACAGAUGAAAGAUGUUCAUGAAGAUCUUGAACCCCCACAGAUGAAAGGGAACCAAAAAGAAGCAGAACCUCCACAAAUAAAAGAGGAACAAGAAGAACCAGAACCUCCACAGAUGAUGAAGUACCAUGAGGAUCCAAAAUUUCCACACAAUCACAAUAAACAGGGGGCACCAGAACCUCCCAAGAAUGAACCGGAAUCUCUAGAGAUAAAAGAUGAGCCAGAGACUGAAACCUGUAUGGUAACUCCUGAUUUUAAUGAAAGAAACCACUGGGAACUGGAACCAAACGGGGACCAACUCUUUUCACAAAACUCUCCUAAAGUGGGGAACCAAGAUCAGGAAAGAAGCAAGAAUGUAGAGCCAGGAUCCUGCGGAGCUGAAGAGCCGAAACAAAAUAAGAGCAGUUCACAAACCAGAGGUCACAGUGACAGUGUAGACCACACAAAAAAGCAUUUUUUGUGUAUGACUUGUGGGAAAUUUUUUUGUAAGAAAUAUAGUUUAACUGUUCACAUGAGAACUCACACAGGUGAGAAACCUUUCUCAUGUCAGACCUGUGGAACUAGUUUUAGUCAGAAAAAAAAUUUAUUUACACACCUGUUAACUCACACAGGUGAGAGGCCCUUCUCAUGUCAGACUUGUGGAAAAAGUUUUAUUACCAACACUGUUUUGAAGACUCACAUGAAAACUCACACACGUGUGAACCCUUUCUCAUGUCAGACUUGUGGAAAAAGUUUUAUUAGUGAAAUUGGUUUGUUAACCCACACAAGAACUCACACUGGAGUGUGUGCAGCAACAAUGUCUUCAGUUCAGUCUCUGAGAGAGUUUAUCAGCGAGCGACUAACUGCUGCUGCUGAAGAAAUAUUCACAGAGUUUGAAAAAACCAUCGUCCGGUACGAGGAGGUGAUCGAUCGUCAGCGCAGACUGCUGGACAUCAGCUGGAAACCUCACACACACCUGCACACGACAGAACUCCCACAGCAUAUUUGGAAGGAGGAAAAGAUUCUCACUGAGCAGCAGCUCUGUAACCAGGACAGGAACACCAGUUUGGAUCAUGAAGAACUUGAACCCCCACAGAUGAAAGGGGACCAAAAAGAAGCACAACCUCCAAACAUAAAAGAGGACCAAGAAGAACCAGAACCUCCACAGGUGAAAGAGGACCAAGAAGAAGCAGAACCCCAAAAAACAAAAGAGGACCAUGAAACACCAGAAACUCCUGAUUUUAAUGAAAGAAACCACUGGGAAUUGGAACCAAACAGGGACCAACUCCUUUCACAAAACUCUCCUAAAGUGGAGAGCAAAGAUCAGGAAAGAAGCAGGAAUGUAGAGCCAGGAUCCUGCAGAGAUGAAGAGCUCAAACAAAAUCAGAGCAGUUCACAAACCAGAGGUCACGGUGACCGUGUAGACCACACAAAAAAGCCUUUUUUGUGUAUGACUUGUGGAAAAAAAUUCUGUGCAAAAUAUAGUUUAACUGUUCACAUGAGAACUCACACAGGCGAGAAUCUUUUCUCUUGUCAGACUUGUGGGAAAACUUUUAAUUAUAAGAGAGUUUUAAAUACUCACAUGAGAACUCACACAGGUGAGAAGCCUUUCUCAUGUCAGACUUGUGGGAAAAGUUUUAAUCAAAAAAGUAAUUUUUUUAGACACAUGAGAACUCACACAAGUGAGAAGCCUUUCUCAUGUCAGACCUGUGGAACUAGUUUUAGUCAGAAAACAAAAUUAUUUACACACAUGUUAACCCACACAGGUGAGAAGCCUUUCUCCUGUCAGAGCUGUGGAAAAUGUUUUAUGAGAAAAAGGAUUUUAAAUACUCACAUUUUAUCUCACACGGGGGAGAAGCCUUUCUCAUGUCAGACUUGUGGAAAACGUUUUUUUUCCAAAAAUGUUUUGGAUAAGCACACCAGAACUCACGCAGGUGAGAAGCCAUUUUCGUGUCAGAUCUGCGGAAGAAGUUUUAUUUUUAGGUGUGUUUUGAAUAAUCACAUGAAAAGGCACACAGUUGAGAAGCCUUUCUCAUGCCAAAUAUGUGGAAAAUGUUACAGAGAUAAACCCAGUUUUAAAAACCACAUGACAACUCACACAGGCGAUAAGCCUUUCUUAUGUCAUACCUGUGGAAAAACAUACAGUGAUUCAACCAGUUUUAAAUACCACAUGGCAACUCACACAGGUGAGAGGCCCUUCUCCUGUCAGACUUGUGGAAAAAGUUUUAUUACCAACACUGUUUUGAAGACUCACAUGAAAACUCACACACGUGGGAAGCCUUUCUCAUGUCAGACCUGUGGAAAAAGUUAUACUAGUGAAAGUGGUUUGUUAACUCACACGAGAACUCACACAGGUGAGAAACCUUUCUCAUGUCAAACCUGUGGAAAACAUUUUUUUUGUAAAAGUGGUUUGACUACUCACAUCAGAAGUCACACAGGUGAGAGACCGUUUUUUGUUUUCACAUGUCAGACCUGUGGAAAAAGUUUUAGUCAUAAACGUAACUUAAUUGCACAUGGGAAGAUUCACACCAGUGAGAAGCCUUUCUCAUGUCAGAGCUGUGGAAAAAGUUACACUUAUAAAAUAAGUUUAAAAAUGCACAUGAGGACUCACACCGGUGAGAAGCCGUAUUCAUGUGAAAUUUGUGGUAGAUGCUUCUCUUACGGUAAUCAGAUCACUGAUCACAUGAGAACUCACACAGGUGAAAAGCCUUUUACUUGUGAGACCUGUGGAAAAUGUUUUAGUCAGAAGCGUAAUUUAAUGGCACACAUGAGAACUCACACCGGCGAGAGGCCUUUCUCUUGUCAAAUCUGUGGAAAAGCGUUCAGUAAAAACAGUAAUUUAAUCACACAUGUAAGAACUCACACCGGUGAGAAGCCCUUUUCUUGUCAGGCCUGUGGGAAAUGUUUUAAUCAUAGAGCAAGUUUAAAAUCCCACAUGAAAUGUCACACAGGUGGUGAGGUGUAAUAUC